AUGAAGGAGGGUGCGGGGGCGGCGUGCGCGGGCCCGGCGCGGGUGUCGGUGUACGGGCGGCCGCGGGAGGUGUCCGUGUGGUGGUCGGGGGCGGGCGGGCGCGCCGCCGCCGCGCUGCUGCUGGCCGCCGCCGCCCACGGCCUGCGCUACUCCGGGCUGCGGCUGCGGCGCGCGCACGCCUCCUCCUGCGAUUUCAUCCGCCAGCUGCCCCACAACUGCAAGGACCACAACGACGAGUACGACGACAUUGCACUGGUACCAUCGCUGCCACAAUGCCAUGAGAUUGACGUUUGCGGCGACGAGGCGGGUGCGUCGCGACUGAGCGCGGUGGGCGCGGGGGCGGCGCCGGCCACACUGCGACUCUACUCGUAUCUCACACGACGCGCCCGCAAACUACCAAUUUGCACAGACGCACUUCACUGGACUUUCUUUGAAAAUAUAAAUGCGGUUGAACUCUGUUCUUUUGAAACCACAGGAAAUCAUACGUCACAGAAACGUGCCAUCGUAUUUACACCAGAGGAGUUGGUCGCAGGCGCUCAACAGCUAAUCGAAACCGCAUCGCAUCUAACGAUUAAAUCUUUACGAUCAGAUGCAGAAUCACGUCAGUCGUUAUUAAAACUAUUACGUGAGAGUGAUACGUCAUUUCUGUUUUUAGAUUAUGAUAUAUGGACUGGAAUGAAUGGAAUUCACAUCAUUGAACCACCCCUCAUACCAUUGUUUGACCCGGUUUGCACUCUCCGCCUCGCAAACGCUAAGGUACUGAACCAAGUUGCACCGCAGCUAUACGAGACCGUUCUUCACUUCGCGCCCACAGUUAGCGAGCUGCGAACAGUCCUCGAGAUAGAGGCUAAUUAUACCGAUUUCAAUAUUACGGAAGCCGCCUGCUACUGGGCCAUUCAAAAUAAUAUAAGAUUUGAGUCUUGGCUUGAGAAAGCACGAACAUUUAAACCCAAUUAUUGGAUAACGAUAUUCUUGUGCAAAGACGAUGAAGACAUUCAACAAUACAUAGAAGUUGCAAAGCGAGUCGUUAAUGCAACAAGUGGCAAAUUUAAUAAAAUAGAAAUAAAGCUCGAGUUCGUAGAAGAUGUUGAUUGCACAUGUGAAUACGACCUAAAAGAAAGAUUAUCUAAAUACCGAGAGCAAUAUAUAUGGACAGAAAUGGUCGGCGCUUUAGCGACCGGUGCCGGGGCCAAAGGAGCAACAUACCUUUCUGCGGAAAUAGAUACUGCUCUAGUCUUGUAUGAUACCCCAAAUUUAGAAGUUAGCCCAGGAGACAGUACUCGAAUCAUAGGCGGACAUCUCAUGGACUUAAUAAUCGCCAUUGAGCGACUCCUUCUCGCAUGUAAUUUAAAACGUCUUGCUAUACUUUCUGAUGACACACGUCUCGCUUCAGAUUAUGUAGACACACUUCUUGAGAAUAACGUUUUAGCAGUGCGUAAUGUUACACUGAAAACAAAUAUUUCUUUUUCUGAAAUUAGAGAUCUUUUACAAACUAUGCAGAAAUAUAAUGCUCGAAUAUUUUUUGUAAACACAGAUGCAAAAAUUGCAACAUUGAUCUUAUGUGCAGCAAUGAGUCUUGACAUGACACAAGAAACUGGAUAUAUAUGGCUAUUACGGGAGUGGCGGGCGACCAAUUACACAUGUGUCGAUUUAUCUAACCAAUAUAAAGCGAUCAAUCACAUUACAAUAUCAUUCUGGUGGCGUGGAGGUACAAAUUUCUUCAACAACAGCAAUGAGGAGAUGCGCCAAGCAUUGAAUGAAUUGUGGGGGGAUGGAAACGUGUGGCCACAGCUAGCGACACCUUUGGCUGAUGGAUUAAUACUGCUGCUAAAUAGUUUUUAUACUUUCAUUGAAGGAUGCGAUCGAAAUGUUCAAGAUCUCCACGGAGACGGCACUACUAAUUUAUUAUGGACUAGCCUCAAGAAUGGGGUUUAUGGAAUUACGCAAGAACUACAUUCACAGAAGUAUGCGUACGUUAAUCCGAUUAUUUUUGUUGACGAGUGGCAAGGAGCGUUACGUCGCCCAAUAGUCGAGUGGCAAAUUACCGACGGUCAAGAAAAUGGACAUAUGACAUGUCGCUUGGGUUCCAAAUACAUGAUUUCUGAUGGAACUAAACAUUGUCUGACUACGAGUUCUAAUAGAGAAAAAUUUAUGCCACAUUGUCAUGAUACUGCGUGGACCACAGCUAUAAUUACGAUCAUAUUUGGAAUGCUAGCAUUGUACUCUGCAAGAAGAUUAAGAGUAAAAUUACUUAAAGAAAGUAUUCCACAUGCAAUAGGGGCUCGAGAAAAUAUAUUUGCACUCGCGGAGCAUCUCGUUGAUCGCACAGCCUUAGAGUUUCGCCAAGAUCUUGGCUUUGGGCGAUUUGGAAGGGUGCGAUUUGCGAUUCUUCGUGUCCCAAAUCGGCCAACUGUCGUGGUCGCUGCGAAGUCGCUACAUGAAAACUCGGCACCAGCUGAAGAAACCGAAUUUUUACGCGAAGCAUGUACUCUCGCCUCUCUUCGACAUGAAAAUGUGGUACGACUCAUCGGCGUAUGCGCUACGAACGGGCCACCUUUAGUACUUAUGGAACAUGCGUUUUUCGGAGAUUUACUGGGAUACUUACGUGAGCGCCGCCAUCUCAUCGAGCACGUACAUGAGGAAAUUCCCAAAGAAGCGACACACGUGUCCCCUCUUGCUCUUACGCAACUAGCCCGUGAAGCUUCUUCAGCGCUCGCCUACUUAUCGCAGAGACGGCUGGUACACCGCGACGUGCGCGCUUCCAAUUGCCUUAUAGACGCUCGGCGAUCAUUGAAGCUGGCAGACUUCGGAAUGGCCCGAGAGACGACAUGUAGUGAUGGGAUUGCUGAAUAUACAUGUCGACGUCGAGGCUUCUUCCCCGUGCUGUGGAUGGCACCAGAGAGCCUUGACCGGGGAGUUUUCUCCGCUGCGACCGAUGUAUGGGCACUCGGCGUGCUAAUGCUCGAGUUGGUGACACUGGGUGAGCGGCCGUACGGCGCCUGGUCUCCUCUGCGCGUACUGCGCUACGUCAUUGCAGGAGGGAGGCCAUCGCUGCCAUGCGACGCCUCCUUAAAGACGCGCGGAGUGCUCCUCUCGUGCUGGCGACGUGUGCCCGGACAGCGGCCCACGGCGGCCGACAUCGCAGCCUACCUGGAAGUGAACCCGCUUACCCUGUCACCAGCGUUAGAAUCUAUGCCACCAUCCCCAGAGUAUACAGCGACCAACAGAUUCCAUUUUAAACACAGGGAAUAGCAAUUUCGUUAGCAUAAUUGUAAUACUUAUAAUAAAACAAUUAAUAUAUAAAUA